UUUUCAUAACAAAAUUAUUGAAAAUGGCAGAUAAGGAAGACGACUUCAAUCAUACCAGGCCUUGUGAUCGUACAGAGCGGGUUCAGGUCUACCAUAAUAUUUUCCCUUCAGUCAUCAAGGAAAACAAGGAUUACAUUAAGAAUGAUGAUUCAGUAGAAUCUCUGGUCGAUCCAUCUCGUAAAGAUGCUGGCUCUGGGCUCAAGAAUUACUCAACCCCUUCAGACUCCAAAGAUCGAUCUAAGAUGCGAACAACUAUGCUGAAAUUAGCUUCUGAGAAUGAAUGCAGGCCCAAAAACAUGAAUUUUCCCACUCAAGCUCCCGGCUCCAAUCUCGCAGUUAAAGCGAAGAGGAUGAGUAUUGUUCAGGGUCAGAAAAAGAAGGACUUUGCUGCACUCAAUCAUUCCAACCUGGUCCUUUAUAACAAAGCUUUGCCAGAUAAUGAGCAAAAACUUGAACUAGAUAGCUUCCAUGGCAGGCGUUUUAGCAUGAAUUACAGAAAUGCAUCUCAGAUUUCCUCAUGGAAUGACUCUAAGAAAAGACUUAAGAGCAAGAGACCUCAGAAGCUUGCAGCUGACAGUUUUGAGGAGAAAUAUUUUAUGUUUAAUUCAGUGUUAAAGUACAAGAAGAGCCCGAAUUCUAUAUCCCUUGCUGAAGAAAUUCAGAAUUCCAAGAUGAAGCAAUAUGACACAUCAAGGGAAAGGAAGACUUCAAAGCCUCUUUAUAAUAAUGCGAAAGGAACUGAGCUGGGAACUGAUGCAAUUCUGAGGAACACCAUUACUAGCAAUGCAAAUACCAACCUCGAUUCAUUAAAGAAUAAAUUCAAAGCUUUGAAAGAGAUCAGGAGCAUCACAAAUCCAGAUUCAAAUAGGGUUUCUAAGAAGACGACCAAUGAUGGGACACGACGUACAGCUCGGAACCUAGUCUCCCCGCUCAGUACUCCCAAAAGCGUUAAAAAGGUUGACAGAAACCUUAGGAUCAUCAAGGAUUCAGGCUAUCAUGCCUUUGAAGCUAUUGAUCUUAAAGAAAGUCCAAUGUCUCAGGAACUGCAAGAGGAAAGAUUUAUUCAGAGAAAAUAAACAGAUUUUUGAUAAACUGAACCAGACAAACCAAAAGAAAAAUAUACUUCAGACAUUGCAUGAUGAAUAUAUUCUCCAGCUCGGAGCUAUGAAAUGAUGCGUUGGAGACCUUGAAAUGAACCUCAGUACUCUGACUAAGCCUGAGAUGGAAUAUGAGGUUGAUUCCCAACCAGAAUCAUCCCCUAAGGCAGAUAAUUCUGGCACAUAUAUCAAUUAUGGCUUUUCAGAAGAUGUCUCAAGGAAAAAGAGGCAAACCAAUGUGAAAUCCCUCGAAGGAAUCAAGAUAAUCCUCGAGUCAGAACUCCAAGAUAUCAUUACAGAUAAGAAGAAGGAAUACACCUUUGAAGACACGAAGAAAGAUUUUUGUGAUUAUGGGAAAAUCAUCAAGAAGUUGAUCAGGAUCGUUCUUAAUACCAAGAAGAAUGGGGCUCAUGACCUGAAAAUGGACUGGAAAGAGAGAGCUCUCUUCGCUAUCAACCUUGACCACCUAUGGAGAGCUGUCUUAUUCUCCCAAGAUAGGAUCUUCACUCAAAACGAAGCUGCACUGGAGAAAUAAGAUGGAGUCUAUUGGAAAAUUUGAGGAGAAAUACCUCCUACUUGAGAAGCAUCUUGACGAGAAAGAUCGGAAGAUCAAGCAAAUAGAGAAGGAUUUUCUGAAACAGGUCGCUACUCUUAACACAAAAUUUGAGAAUGCUAAAGAAGACAAGCACAGAAUGGCCAAAGUCGCAGAGGACCGAUACUUUGAGCUUAACUGUAUUCGCAAUGAUGUCGACAUCCUCUCGCUUAAGACUUAUUAUAGAGAUCUUGAAGAGAACAUGCUAUUAGCACUGAAAGAGAAGAAGCCACAAAUGGAAUCAUGCCAGAAGUUGUUAAAUAUUAUCAAUAGGAUUUUUAAGAACAAGCAGAAGGAAAAUGAAGGACUUAAUUUAAGAAAAUUUAGGAUGUGGAGGAAGAACAGGAAAAGAGAAAGCGGGCUUGGUGUUGAGGAUGAAAAAGACGACGAUGAGCCUACUGCUGUGGACGAACUCCUUGAAUACCUUUACGAAAACUACACUGAACUAUUCGUCAUCAAUGGGGAAGAGAAGGACAGAAUAAUGAUUGAAAAAGAGGCAGCUCUGAAAGUCCUUGAUGAAAUCCCAGAAGACCUUAUCAAGAAGUUGUUGAUCCCUCCUGCUAAAGAUGCUCGAACUGUUGAGUUGCAGACUGUAAUGACGAUGCCUCCAGGAGACCUAACAAAGAGCGAGUUUGUAAACAGUUACAAUCAUGCUUAUGGAGAUAAGGAUGGCAAAAAGAACAAGGGACCCAAGAAUAAUUUAUUAAAGAACAUUGUCAGGUACAUGAACAAUAAUAAGAAGGAGAAAAUUCUGCCUAUGCCUGAAGGUACCGCUCUAAAGCUGAUUUCAGAGCUUCUGAGUGAAAGAUUAAAGAAUGAUAUUGAAGCUGAGAAAGCUAAUAAAAAAACUAAGACCCUGCCUAAUUAUAUUCUAGAUCAGUUAAGUAUGAAGUUUGGGCUUAAGACAAUUGCUGUGAAGAACUUGAUCUCUCUAAGGGAAUUGUUAGCCAAUACUUCGAAGAGCUUUAAGAAAAAAAAUCCUGAUAAAAUGCCAUAUGCUCAACUUCUACUGUCUAUUUUCGGGUUUGAGUCUUCUCCUGAAGUCCAGUACAGUCAGGAGCAAGUAAAUCUGAUCAUUAAAGCUAAGCCUCUUUGGAUGGAAGCUCAGGAGCAUUGCAAGAAGACUAUAAAGAUCCGGAAGAACUCUGCAUUCACAAAUCUCAGCUUAGUUGAUCUCCAAGUUGGAGGAAACUGCUCUUUACUUGAGAUCAUAGAUGUUUUCACAAACUGGUGCAAUAAAGAUAAGGAGCUGCUGGCAAGUUUUAUCCCAAAAUUGACUCCUGAAAUCCCUAAGGAUAUAGCUGGCAACCCACACGAAAUAGAGCAGUUUUACAUAGAUUUUUCACUAGUCAAGAUCUGUCACAAAGCUGCUAAGUUAGGAAAGACCAUUCAAUAUAUGCACGACGAGCUAGAUGAGGACGGAGAUGGGACUCUUGAUGCUGACGAGAUCCUCAAUGGACUCAGAGAGAAGUUCAACAUCUUCUUCGGUGAAGAAGAAGCUAAGAAGCUCCAUGCACUUUUUGAAGAAGAAGCUGAGAGCGGCGCAGGGGAGAAAUCUAGGCUAAACUCUCUUUGGAGUAGCUACUCUGAGAAGUGCUAUGAUCUGUAUAGGAUCACUGAGCUCAGGUUCUUCGAGCUCCUGAUCGAUGAAUGGGAUGACUAUCUCAAACGGACAAAUGAGAAGUUAAUGAAGGUAUUUGUCGAAUUCGAUGAUAAUGGAGAUCAAGUCUUGUCUUUUGAAGAAUUCGAGCAGUUAAUCAACCACCUUGAAAAAUCGAUGACAAGAGACCAGAUAAGUGAGAUAUUUAAUGAAACUUUGGAAAUGGAUGAAAAAUCUGAAGAUCUGGAUAAAAUGAACCCUGAUUGUUUCUGAGAGAUGGCUCUAUCAUAUAAGCUAGGAGGGUACGGCGAAUGCUUUAUUCCAGAGCAACCUGAUGGGAAGAAAAAAUAA